GAAUGUUAACAAUGCAGCGAGUGUCCAACUUUGUGCCUCAUUUCUUCUUCUUCUUCUCCUCCUCCUCGCUCCGCUUCUUUUUUCUCUUCUUCUUCUUCUUCUUCUCCUUCUUCUUCUCCUUCUCCUAAGUCUUCAUCUUCUGCUCCAAAAUGGAGGCGGCUAUCAUCACUUUUCCUCGCCCGCGUCGGCCCCUCUGAGCCCGCCGGAGACCCUCCGAGCCCCGGCCAGGAGCUCCAAGAAGCACCGGACGGGAGGACCAGAAUACAAAUUAGAGGGAGAAAAGAAAAAAAAAAGUUUGUCUUCGGAAGGAAUGGAAAGUAUUUAAGAGUUGUUCGUCACAUGGCGCAGGCUGUCAUCAUCAUGGUGUGGCUGCAAGUCUCCCUUGUGAGCGGCUGCAUGUGCUGGAACAAGCUGGAACCUGAGCCUUGAAAGGCACACCAUGGAGCGCCUGUAGGAGCCAUCCUCACCACCUGAGUCCCCCCCCCCCACCGUCGGAGUCAGCAGAGACCACCAUCGGGGACAAACCUUAGAAAUCUUGCAUCUGCGUCAGGAGAAUUGAUUUCAAUCCGCCCGCGUGGGCGUCAGUGUUUGAGCGCGAGGGGUCCCCGCGCCGGGUGCCUGACCCGGGGCCCCUCAACCAUGAGGCCCAAGACAUUCCCGGCGGCCCCCUAUGUGGGCAACACCCGCCAGAGGCUUCAGGAGAUCAAGGAGGGCCUGAAGCAGCCCGCCAAGCUGGUGAGCCAGGCCCUGCACGGGGGGGGCGUGUCCCGGACCGAGGGCGGCCGCCCCGCCGACUGCAAAGGUGGCAAGGACGGGGCGGGGCGGCAGCAGCCCGUGAGACCCCCCCAGAAGUUCUACAACUACCAGAACGCCCUGCGAGAAAUACGCAAGUCCCUCAUGCCCUUCGCCAAUGAGUCGGGCCCCUCGUCCGGGUCGGGGCCCCCUGCUGGGGAGGUGAACCGGCAGAUGCUGCAGGAGCUGGUCAACGCUGGCUGUGACCAGGAAAUGGCCGUCCGGGCACUGAAGCAGACAGGAAGCAGGAACAUUGAGGCGGCGCUCGAGUACAUCAGUAAAAUGGGCUACCUGGACCCUCGCAACGAGCUCAUCGUCCGUGUCAUCAAACAGACUUCGCCAGGAAAAGCUGGUAUGCCACCUUCUAUGGACCACCACCCUGCGAUGGAGGCCUCAGGUGACACAGCAGGUGCUAUGCCACCAUACCACCCAAUGGGGGCCCCCAUGUAUGAGGGUGUGCCUGGUUAUGGCUCAGAAGGUCCGUAUAUGAGUCCUCCACCUGUCAUGAACUACAUGAUGACUCCAUCUGGGGCGGCACAGGGUCCCCCAAUGGGGAAUCCCAUGGGUCGUCCUCCCAGUAUGGGCAGCUACCCACCAGUGAUGGCCGCCCAGAGUAACACCGCUAACACCAUGUACCCUCCGGGGGCCCAACAGAAAGGCUAUCCCGGCAGCAUGGAUCAGCACGGGCCCAUGAUGAGCUACAAUGUCCCCGGUCAACCUUUGCAGCUCCAGCCUCAGCCCCCAGGGGCGCCUGUUCCGGGUCCUCACUAUGACUAUGGCCAUGCCAGGCCCCACUUAAUGGAGCCCGCAGGCUACGGAGUCAAGAGAACCGCCUCCUUUCAAAACAAGAUGGCCCCCCCAGACAACUACGUCAACAUGCAAGGUAAAGGCACCAUGGGCCAGAAUGGGCCAGGAGGAGGUGGGGGAGGGUACCCUGCAAAUCUUUAUCUGCCAUCCCACUCACACCCGCGUCAGGCGAGCCCAACCUCUCACCAAGUCCACAUGAUGUCCCGUUCCCCAGGUGGGGUCACAGCCAUGGGCCCAGACUUCCCCGAUCUUCCCCAAGGCUUAAUGACACCAUCCAGGGCGAGCCUCAACCUAGACUUGUAUGAGCACCACUGGGCGGGCCCUCCAGGUUCUGAAGGGCCCCUCCCAGCAAGGCAGCCACAACCUCAGGGGCCCUUUCGGGGUGAGGUUCGUGUUCCCAGCCGAGCUAACUCAUUCAACAGCCGCUCCGCUGUAUCCAACGGCGUACGCCCCCCGAUGACAGCACCCCCCUCUGGUGGGAAACAAGAAUCUUCCCUGGGCCCUCCCAACACAAUCACAGCUGUCACAUCACCACCCAUCCAGCAGCCAGUCAAGAGUAUUCGGGUGAUGAGGCCGGAGCCCAAGACUGCCGUGGGCCCGUGCCACCCCAGCUGGAUGACGGCACAGGCCCAAGAUGCGUCAGAACCGCUGGCCUACAUGCAAGAGGAGACCUACUCCUUGGAGCCCCCGCAGGAGCCCCGCUGCCCACCACCGCCCUACCCCAAGAAUCUCUUCAUGUCGCCAGCACCUGGGGAAUCCGGGGCCCUGGAGUGUGCUCAGGAUCUGAGCAACGCGGCCUCCAGAAGCACACGCGGCGGCAGUGGCGGAAGCGGAAACACCGAGGAAGGAGGCCAUCAGGUGAAGGAGAAGACCAAGCUUGGCAAGGGAGAGAAAAGCCUGAAAGACAAGAAGCAGAUCCAGACCUCGCCCGUGCCGGUAAGGAAGAACGGACGCGACGAGGAGAAGCGGGAGUCUCGCAUCAAGAGCUACUCGCCUUUCGCCUUCAAGUUCUACAUGGAGCAGCACAUCGAGAACGUGAUGAAGACCUACCAGCAGAAGCUCAACCGCAGGCUCCAGCUGGAACAGGAGAUGUCCAAGGCCGGCCUGUCCGAGGCGGAGCAGGAGCAAAUGAGGAAGAUGCUCAACCAGAAGGAGUCCAACUACAACAGGUUGCGACGAGCCAAAAUGGACAAGUCCAUGUUUGUCAAAAUCAAAACCUUGGGCAUCGGUGCCUUCGGAGAGGUGUGCCUAACGCGCAAGGUGGACACCUUUGCGCUGUACGCCAUGAAGACCCUGCGCAAGAAAGACGUCCUCAACAGGAACCAGGUGGCCCACGUGAAGGCGGAGCGCGACAUUCUUGCGGAGGCGGACAACGAGUGGGUGGUGCGUCUCUACUAUUCCUUCCAGGACCGCGACAGCCUCUACUUUGUCAUGGACUACAUCCCCGGGGGGGACAUGAUGAGCCUACUCAUCCGGAUGGGCAUCUUCCCCGAACCACUGGCGUGCUUCUACGUGGCUGAGCUCACGCUGGCCAUAGAGAGCGUCCACAAGAUGGGCUUCAUCCACCGCGACAUCAAGCCGGACAACAUCCUCAUUGACCUGGACGGACACAUCAAGCUGACCGACUUCGGCCUGUGCACGGGCUUCCGAUGGACCCACAACUCUAAGUACUAUCAGAAAGGGAGUCACGUGAGACAGGACAGCAUGGAGCCCAGCGACUUCUGGGACGACGUGUCCAACUGCCGGUGCGGCGACCGACUGAUGACGCUGGAGCAACAGGCCAUUCGGCAGCACCAGCGCUGCCUGGCUCACUCCUUGGUGGGCACGCCCAACUACAUCGCCCCCGAGGUUCUCCUUCGCAAAGGUUACACUCAGCUGUGCGACUGGUGGAGCGUGGGUGUGAUCCUGUUUGAGAUGCUGGUGGGACAGCCGCCUUUCCUGGCCCCCACACCCACGGAGACCCAGAUUAAGGUCAUCAACUGGGAGAGCACGCUGCAGGUGCCCGCGCAGGUCAAACUGAGCCCCGAGUCCGUCGACAUCAUCGCUCGCCUGUGCUGCUCGGCGGAAGACCGCCUGGGGGCCAACGGCGCCGGCGAGAUCAAGGCACACCCGUUCUUCAGCAAGGUGGACUUCUCCAGCAACCUGCGGCAGCAGCCCGCUCCCUACCGGCCCAAGAUCGCCCACCCCAUGGACACGUCCAACUUCGACCCGGUGGAGGAGGACGGCGGGCCCGGCGCCUGGAGCGACAGCGGCGACAGCACCCGCGCCCUGGAUGCCCUCUGCUCGCCGCACGGGAAGCACCCGGAGCACGCCUUCUACGAGUUCACCUUCCGCAGGUUCUUCGACGACAACGGCUGCCCCUUCCGCUACCCCAAACCUCUGGAGGCCGGCGGCGCCGGAGGCGGCUUGGGUCCGGAGGAGGAGGAAGACGAGGAGGGAGAGGAGGAGGCCGGGGAGGGAUGCGAGCCCGUCUACGUGUAACCGUCGCCCCCUUGUGGACACAGUGAGCGCCUCCCUCCCGCACGGGACCAACAAGCCAACAAGCAACCGCCCUGAGCGCAGACCUGGGCAGUCCGGUAAGAAUGUAAGAAGAACACGACCGCUCCCGGGUCUUCCUUCCAUUCCUCGCUUUCCAAAGUGACGCUUUUUGUGCUUUUACACUGAAAUUUGUCAACACUCUCAACUCAAGUCAGUGAACCAAAAGCAAGUUACAAAAAGGGGGGGAGUUCUUCCUCCUUCACAAUAAGAGUUUAUUAGCGCAGGAAAUAUUCAAAGUUGGACACUUUCCAUGAGAAGAACUUUGAAAAUAACUUUUUCUACAUUUAUUCUGAGGAAGAAGAAAGAAAAAAAAUUAUCGAACGCAUUUUUAUUGCUAUCAACUACGUGUCUACUGUCAUAAAUCGCACAUUUACAGUUCCACAUUUCAACAUGUCCGAAAAGAAGUAAAGCAGAACUUAUGUAGGGGCUGAUAAAAUUCUGAUUCCCAUAAAAUCUAAAGGCGACGUAUUUCGAAACCACCGGCUCAAACACUUGGCAGGCAAACAAGCGUGUUCGUAGUGGAUGACCUCCAAGUCAUGUUGUAAGUUUCCCAUGCAAAGUAAUGCUCCACUUUUCCAAAAUGAGCUAGCUCGAUGCUAACUCAUAUGGGAUAUGCCAUAUACAUGCUACUGAUUAGCAUUAGCCGUUUUACAAGGCAAAUUUGGUGACGAAAGUGACAACUAAGAUGCACGUUACAAUCCGGUGUGUAACACUUUGUAGGACUCAACAAAAGACAAGACAUGGCACGCUCAACUCAACGGCAAAGACUACUUCCUGACUACACUUAGGACAAAAGGAAAUGACCGCACACUUGCCAGGAAACAAUAACAACACAGUGGUCAGGGUUAGCUUAUGUUCAAAGAAAUGAAAUGUUAUUAUUAAACACACAAAAGUCCUGGAAGUUCAGUACCUAAAUGCAAAAGGUAACACCCCCCCGCCACAGAUCAUUUUGUUUAUAUUUAAAAUUUGACUAAAUAUCACGCACAUUUUGUACUGUUUGCUUUUUUGUGGACAAAAUUAGUUCAAAUCAGGUCAAUGACCAUGAGCUUUACUUUGAAGUGUACACAGCACAGCAUUUUUAUAUACGACCCAAUCCAAACGACCUUUCCUACUCAUGGCACAAAGCGCAACAUGUGGUCACUGAACUUUGUAGAUACUAUAAAAAAUGUCCAAGUACUAUACAUCAUUUACAAUUAUGGUUGGGAGAAAUGCAACACAUUUAUCCAUGUUUGCCGCAUGUAAGCUGCUUGGUAUUUCCGAUUGAUGACAAAACGUUGAGGUCAUCACGGAAGUAAACAAGGUAGGAAUCCAACCUUCACAUAUGCUAUGUUAUGCUAAUGGUGACGUAGUGGCGCAGUGGACAUGACUCCCAACCCGUUCUCGCCAAAGUACAAAUCCGUGGAAAGUUCCCAGCUCUGAAUUGUUCCUGGGAUCUUGCGACACGCGUGUGGACCUGCGUGGUCCAGAACAAGUCGCCAGCGGACUGAAUGUCACGGAUCUGCGCUCCUCUCCUUCGGGUUCGGGCGGGCGGGGAGGGGGGGGGGGAAGACCUGGCGAUUCAAACUAGUCCCCCGUUCGGUUUUUAGCCCGAGGUGGGCGGAUGAGAAAGCUGGUGUGACUUAAGUGCAAUACAAAAACUAAAAACCCUUUCAAAGCCUUGGAACGCUUUAUAUUCUAUUUGAUGUAUGCUGCUUUUUAUGGACAUGAUGAUGAUGAUGAUGAUGAUGAUGUACGUGGAACGUCAAGGGCUGACGACGAGCCUUCCAGUCCUGCAUCCGGGCCGGUCCUGAACGCAGGACGCGAAGGUUCUCCUCUGAGGAUUUGGACUACCGAGCGAGGCGAGAAAUGUCGUUUAUAAGAAGAAUGUACGGAAGCCAUAAAGGGUCAUAGAGGAAUUUUUUAUUUUUUAUAAACAUUUUUUUUUUUU